AUGAUUCUUGUUAUGGGAGUGACGGGGGCAGGGAAAAGUUAUUUCAUCAAUCAGCUAGCGGGAAGCAAGGUAGUCGAAGAAGGGGAUUCGCUUGACUCUUGUACACAGUCCUGCCAGCUCGUCCCUGUUCAACUUGGCCAAAGCAAAGUCCUGCUUCUUGAUACGCCUGGCUUUGACGAUACUACACGCCCUGAUUCCGAGAUUUUGGGAGAAAUCGCGAAGGUGCUUACUGCACAGUACAAGUUAGGAGUUCAGCUGAAAGGGGUUUUGUAUAUCCACCGCAUCACCGACAUUCGAUUUAACCGGUCUUCCGUCAAGACAUUCGAAAUCUUGAAGGGAGUCGUCGGCCCCGAUGCACUUCAAAAUGUGCUCCUCGUUACUUCCCGCUGGGAUGGGGUCACACAAGCCACCGGAUCUGAUCGCGAGCGGCAGCUGCGGGAAAAGUUUUGGGCCUAUAUGUUAGGACGGGGAUCAAACAUGAGCCGCUUCCUUGGCGAUAGAGACUCAGCCAUUGCCCUAACCGGUCAGCUGUUGUGCAAGGACGUAGUGGUUCUUGAGUUGCAAAAGGAAAUUGUGCAUCAGAAGAAGAGGCUGGAUCAAACGGCAGCGGGUUCUUUGGUCAACGACAAUCUGGAUGCACUAAAAGCGCAGUACGAAAAAGAGCUGGCGUCUUUGGAGCGGCUG